GUCGUCGACCGAAUCAGGCACGGCCCCUCAAGGCGGUCGGUCAUCUCGCCUCAGCUCUCUGCGGAAUCAGGUUGCUCCCCCACCUUCGACAUUCAUGAGCGAGGACCUAUAUGCUCGCCGCGACGACGGGGUAUUCGUGCGGAUGCGACCGCUCCGACUUUGCCAACAUACAGGGCUUCUUGAACCACUGUCGCAUUGUGCACCAGCAAGAGUUUUCGGGCCACGCCGAGGCGGCGCGGAGAUGCGGCGUACCUGUGGACGACAGCGAAAUUCCGGCAAACCAUCCUGCGAGGCGAAUGCCUAUGCUUGCAGUCGAGUCUUGGAUGAGCUACGGCACCAAUGAGCAAGCAGAUGCCCUCAAGUUAAAGUCUCCCCCGCGGCCGGUCAAACCAGGAAUCAAGGAGUUUGACGAGAAUGUCGAUCUGGACACCGAAGACCAAUCGCCAAUAGGAGCAAGUCUGAGAAAGUGGAGAGCCAGUAUAAAGGCAGCUCCAGGCAGCAAGUUCGAGCCUGAAUCAGUCCCAGAUGUGUCCGGGGCUAGUGACCCGUCGAGCAUGGACUGGGAGCCCCACAAGGAGGACGCCGGGGCUACGGCAAACGAACCCCAGGACCCAAACAAUCAUGGUGUAUCCGCGAAUGGAGCUAGCGAUCCGUUGAAUGCCAAUGCUGAGCAUGCAGGUCAUCUCGACGAUGCAGGCAGCAGUAACGAAUCAACGGCCGAUAUCGAGACCCCUCAAGCCGUCCAUGCUGACCCCGCGACAACAACAUCGAUGUCGACGGAGCCUACUGUCCGAAGCGAUAACAGUAUUGCGAAAGCUUUGACUCAGACAGGACUGAAUAGCAGAGAGUCGGUCCCGACCAGCAACCUAGCUGGCUUCAUUGCGCCGAGCGCAGAUCAGGAAGCGAGCUUGGAGGGGGCCGCUCGGACUAGUCAUGUCGGCGACCGGCAUCAAGAUGCGGGAGGAUCUCGAUUCUACAUCGAGCGCAAGAUCAUUGUUGGCAACAGCUCCAAGUUUAUUCCUCCGGAUACUCGCAAAGCCGACUUGGCCCGGUUUCAGUUCAAAUGGAUCGCGUAUCUGCGUGGCCCCAGAGAGGAUCCAGACAUAACUGCGUAUGUCAAAAAGGUGCGGUUUUAUCUCCACCCAGACUAUAAGCCCUACGACGUUGUCGAGAUCACCGAGCCGCCGUUUCGCCUGGUCCGAUAUGGCUGGGGCGAGUUCCCUAUCCGCCUUCAGAUCCACUUUCUCGACACGCGGAACAAGCCCCUCGAUAUCAUCCAUGUUCUCAAGUUCCAAACAACCGACCCUGAACUCCACGAAAAGACCUAUGACCUUGAGCUCGACAGAAACACAGUAUUCGAAGCACCCCGACCUGAGCGACCACGAACCCGAAGCGGCCCAGCUGCCGCCAGUGCCUCAGAUUCGACUGUCGACAUAUCGCAUGCCUUUGCGAUAUCGGAUCAGCUGCAACAGCUUCUCAGUCAACUCAUGCUGUCUAUCGAUGGCCCUGCCACCACCGGACCAGAAUCCAAGGACAUCCAACCUGCACAAGAGCAGCGACAGUGCGACCAGACAGAUGAGGCGAUAGCUCGACUUGGUCAGCCCGAUGCGGCCGCGGUGCUGCAGCAUCUCAAGGGAAUCGCGAAUACGCUGCCUGAUUCCAUCCAGAAGGAGGUCGGAGCCAUGUCGGUCGAAGUUCUUGAGAAAUGGCACGGCUCCAAGAGCCAGGAUAGCGAUGGGACACAGAUGGGGGCAGUGUCAGCGAACCGAGACAUCCGUUCAUGCAUUCUCGCCGAACUUGAAGAGUCCUGGGAUAUGCAAAGCCCCAGGGGCCAGGGAGGUGUUGCUCCGCUCUCGCCUUCCAGCCAACCCCUCAUCACCAAGAAAGCGGCGAUGACAUCGAUUUAUUGCUGUCUAUGUGGGAUGCCGCAUCCACGCUCAGAAUGCGCCAAACCACUCCCCGGUUUGCGAAAUGGCAAGGUCAGCAGCGUGACAAAGUUCGAGGAGCUGCUGCGACGUCUUCCCGUGCCCAAGGAAGAGGCCGAGACGCAUCUGGCACUACUGCACAAACCUGUGACCACGGGCGAUGCCUCGCCGAUACAGCGAGACGCUUACGAUCCGUCAUCGCCCCUAUCCGAGCAACACGACGAUCGCUCCGAGCAUCGACCCGACACGGCUCCGGUGUUUGCUUCAGACAAGUGCGCGGAUGACAAACAGCUUCAGUGGAUCUGGAGCGAGAUCCGGUCGCUUGGACUCCCGGUUCCCCAGAGUCGCCAAGACUAUGUCCAAGCCGGAACACUGGCAUUCGAGGUCACCAAGGCGUUUUUGCGCGAGCUGCUGGCAGCGAGCCUAUCUGAGUGCGAACUGGACGCGAAGCGUUAUUCAACUGCGUCUGAUCGAGUCCCAGGCAAAGAGAGAGCUGAACCGGAUCAGGCCCGUCGCUCCGAUGAAGCUCCCGUUGCUCCUGGUGAGGCAUCCAGGCGCAGUGCAAAGCGGAUGCUCGUUCCACUGCAUGUAUUUCGAGCACUGCACAGCCCGUCGCUCGAACAUCUGGAUUUCCUGACGAACCGACACAUGGGGAUAUAGCCGCGGGAAGACCGACUGGGGCACAUCGACAUUGACGUUACUAUUACAAUACAAGUCUCUGCGUCCAUGACGAUUGUUUGUGCAUGUAGAGGAGGAGUGCGGACGACCACCAGGAAGUGUGCAGUCGUGCUCGCAUAUCUGGGUUGAGUCAUCACAGAUACGACUUUUUGCCGUGAGAAAACCUGUCGCCAAGGUC